AUGUCAAUCAGCGAUAGUAAUAUGAAAGUUGAAACCUUAGCUUGGAUAACUGAUGAUGAAGCUGAAUUUUGGACGAGUACAUCGCCUCUAGAAAAAAAUCAUGCAUCUCAUCAUUUUUCAACAUCAAAAGAUUUGUCUUCAAAUAUUUUUUCAUUUGACGGUCUUUAUUUUAAAACAAAUAAUCAAUCAAAUAUUGAAAUGCAAGAUCAUUUGUCAUUAUUAACUAAACAAGCAACUCGAACACAAGAGAAAGAAGGAAAAGAUAGAGUUGAAAAAAAACAAAUAUUCAACAUAUUCCAAUUAAAUGAAAAUAUUCAUCUCAAUGAUAAUAAUCCUGAAAAAUCAACGGGUUUUCUUGGACGAUUAUAUCAACAAUUAACAAAGCUAUCACCUUCAGACACUGCUUAUUUAGAUGAUGACGUCUUUAUAGAUACCGAUAGAAGUAAAACAACAGUUAUGGUCAAUGGCAAUACAGAUGUUGAUACAUCAUCCAGUGUUGGAAAGAAAGCUACAGAUACUAUUCCAUUUAUGAAUACUAUUCGAUCAUUUAUUAAUGAAAUUAAUGAAGAAAAAGAUGUUAUUAUGGGAAUAAUUGAUGAAGAAACAUUAUUUAAUCGACGAAGUCGAAAAUAG